GCAAGGGUACCAAAUGUUUGGGGUGACGGUGUCAUUUGUGGCAACACGGUCGGGACUUUUGCGUUGGGUCGAUCACAUCACACAUCCAGUGGACUCACCCGAACCACACUUCAGUGAGACCAAUACCCGAGCAAUGGAUAUGACGUGGUACAAGAGAGCCGUGGAUCAGCAUGCCAUCGAACCGGAUAGCUUUGUCUUCAGUGUGCCCUUUGACUCGGGCUACACGGGGAAGAGCAAUGCCACCCUCGUAACGGCCGCUCAUGCCAUCUUCAUCGACCACAGAGGUCACAAAGCCCCCGCAGCCGUUGUUGGGUUGCAAUUUCAGCAUGAUUCCCUUGCGAGGCAUUUCAUCAACAUCACCUCUGCGUGUACGGCAGGUCCGUGUGGGAAAACAUGCGCCAAUGAUGAAUUGGAUUGCUAUCUUCUCGAUAAUCAUGGCUUUGUUCUCCUGUCGGAAGAUUCCGAGCACACGGGGAGAUUUUUUGGGCAAAUUGAUGGCACAAUAAUGGAUUCAUUGGUACAAGAUAGAAUCUACAGGAGAGUCCCAUUGAUGGACUACCAGGGUGCCUGCUCAGAUCGCGAUAGUUCCUUCACAGCAGCUGGACCACAAGUUAAACCCCCAAAACCAUUCUCAUGGCUCCUUGACUAUGCUCUCUCCUUUGCGGCAACAUGGCUCUCCUUUAUGCCAGCUCCAAUUUCUACCGCAUGGACACGUGGACGCUAUGGGCCGGACUACAGAGAACCCGAAGAUGAGGAUCUCGACAUGAACUACUCCGAUGACUACGACAGCAAUUUUGACUAUCCCCCCAUUGAUAGUGACUUUGUAACAGCACCGGAAAUUAUCUUCGAGAGACCAACACAACCACCACCGAGACCCCCAACACCACCCCCAAUUCCUCGUGUUGUCCCAGAUCCCAACAAUGCCAGGCCGUGCGAUCUGAAGACGGAUCUGUACAUCCUGCAACCGGAGAGAUUAAAUAGCAGCGGGCAGAGUAAUCCGCUCAAGGGGAAAUUGACAAAUUGUCACUCCUCGGGCUGCGAGAGGCCCUUCAGUGUCCAAAAGAUCCCACACAGUAACCUCAUUCUUCUCGUGGUGGACACACUAUGUCCGUGCGGAUCGAAACAGCUGGACAUUGAGCCACAGGAAGUUACAGGCGGACGUGGUGCUUGUGGUACGAGGCGACAGGCGAAGGAGAAUCUCCCGCGGCAGCGACCGCACAAGUGCAUAAAUUACCAUCCGGAAGAGACGGUGAUUCAGCAGUGUGGCCAUGCCACGAGGCAGGUAAUUAAUGCAUCCCUCCUGUCUACAAUUUUCACCUUCACCCUUCUGUGGACCGUGACGCACGUGUGAUUCCAGGUGUACUGAAUCCACCCACACAAAUAAUAAGGACAAGUGUGUAUAAAAAAAGAGUUAUUUAACGUUUGAAAGAAAAUUUAGCAAAGAGCUAAAAAAAUAGAAGAAAAAAAAACCAAACAAAAAAUCACGAACGGGUUCUAUUUAGUUUUACUACCGAAACAUCGAUGGUAUAAGAGUUUAAAAUGUAAAAUGAAAUUUAAAAAAAUGUAAUUCUUAAGAUGAAAUAAGGGGGUGGUUUUCAAAUGAAUUUCAAGAGAAAAUGCAAAAUAAAGAAACCCCCAAAAAGCAAAAAAAGUGGAGAAAAUGUAAAGAUUAAGAGGUAUUGAAAGAAGUAAAAGAAAAAAAUGUUAAUUUAAAAAGAAAAAAAAUGUGGUACCUUUAUUGUAUGACUGACUGUCUACUAUUUACAAUAAAUUAAAAGAAAAAAGAGAAAAGAAAAUGAAUAAAAAAUUGACGAACAAUAAAUGUGUGAAUGAAUUAAAUUAAUUAUACAUUUUCAAUUAUGUGUGAACAUGAUGUGCAACAAAAAACCCAAAAUCUUGAAAGAAAAUUGAAAAUUUUUAAUAAAAAAAAAUUGUGUGGUCAUGAACUUUUAAUCUCUCUUUAAUUUUUAAGAGGAAGAUUAAAUUAAAUGAAAAAAACGCGCGAGAACAAAGUUAAUUAAUUUGUGAGACAAUAAAAGGACAAAAAACAAAUGGAAACAAUUAGAGAAAAUCAAUUAAAAAAAAUUGAAGGAAUUUUUCUUCAUUAAAAAAAAGAAAAUUAGUAGAAAUUAAAUUUCUAUAAAAAAUAAAUUAGAUUUCUAAGUUAUCGGGUCGGGGUAAGUUAGUUACACACAAAAAUUGUAUUUAUUAAGUAAAAUAAAUUUACAUUUUAUUGAAUAUGUUUUGCACUCUGUAAAAAAAAAUUUAAAAGGCAACCACGCAUUCAAUGGCCAUUUGAGCUCUUUAUCGAUUGAGCCCUGCGGCGCAUUGAAUACCGAUUAGGUGGGAAAAAAAUCGCAGCAUUAGAGCAUGUUUUAAUAAAUAAAAUUUAAUUGUAAUAAGUGAAAAUUUAGUCAAAAUAAAUAAUAAAUUAAAUUACUUUUAGUCCAAUUCGUCGCGGUGACAAAUUGAUUUUUAAAUGAAAAAAAAAACUCAUUUUCAGAAUCGAAAUGAAUUUUUUUGAAAUAAAUGAAAAUUAAAAAGAAAAUCUCUCCGCCAAAAUGAAAAUAAAAAUUUAAGCGGGAACGCGAAGAAAAAUAUGUUUAAAAAAUACAGGGCUUAAUAUUGGAGUAAAUAAGAUUUUAGUUAAAGACAAAAAUUUAAAAAAAGAAAAAGCAAAAUUCGACGAAUAAAAGAAUCUCUUGACGCACACAAAAUUGGCCACAAAUUCUUCAAAAAAAUAAUUAUUAAUUUUUGCAGUGAAAUAGAAAAGGUGGAACACACAAGAGAUACGAUCCUGUAUGACAAUUUUUAAAAGAAAUGAAAUUGAAGAGAAGAAAUUGUUACUGUAAAUAUAUUUGAUGACGUACGGAGAAAGAGAAAAUAAUGUUAAGGAGAUUUUAAGGAAAUCUAAUAGUGAAAAAAAGGAAUGUUUCAGCGAAAUGAGGAUAAUUUGAUGUGAUGU